AUGUCCGAGCCCACGGCCACGACCUGUGAAAGACUGCCCACGUCUCCCACCUACAUCGUGGUAGACCCCGACGGCGAUCUGCAUUUGAGGGUGGGAUGCAACAGAUGUCUUGGGCCCACCCGUGACGAAGAACACAGCCAUGAGCGGCGCACCAUCUUCGUCUGUGAGUCCAGGUCUCUGUCCCGCGCCUCGCCCGUAUGGAAGCGCAUGCUCGGCGGCCCCUGGAAGGAGUCGCGCCCCGCCAACGACCCUGCGCCCGGCGAGUGGACCGUCGACCUGCCCGAAGACGAUCCCGAGGCCAUGGGCAUCAUGCUCAACGUCAUCCACAGUCGCUUCGAGAGCCUGCCCUUUCUCGACGAAUUUCUUUCUCUGUCCUUGAUCUACAAGAUCACCGUCUUGACCGACAAGUAUGCCUUGACGAGGCUACUCCGUCCCUGGGCCAAGUCCUGGUCCCAUCAAAUGAAUGCGUGGUUUCGUCAACACCCUUCUGCUACAGAUAGUCAUGCACACGCCACCAUCCCUUCCGGCGACGCUUCCCCCAAUGAGUCAAAGCAGAUGUUCAUGACCAACGCCAUGGAACCACCGGGGCUUCUGGACGAGGGCCUCAAAUGUCGUUUACAGCUCCUCCGAAGGAUUCUUGCCCCGUAUCGUGACGCCUUGUCACAGUUUCUCGCCCAGGAUGGACCUUCGCCUCCCGGGAGAGCCAACAUUCAGUGCAGGGGGCUCUGGCCGCUACCAGACCCUGAUCAUUACCACGGAUCGGUUAGGUUUCUCCUCAGCCGUCUAUCAUCUCUAAACGUUGAAAGUAUAGACAUCACUUUUGAACCACCUCCAGUCUCUGUGCUUUCAGCAUAUGUCGGUGACGGCGUACAGAGGGUGGGGCAGCUCGGCACCCCCCAGCAACCAAACAACAUCUCUACCAUCAGUCCCAACCACCGCGGCGUUGGCUUAUCAGGCCAUCAAGUCCCAGCUAACAAUCACCAAACCACCGUCGCAACGAAUGCCAACAACACGGCUGACACUCUACCCUCUGCAAGCCGGCCAGGACACGUUACUACCCCCGGUAACAACAACCUAUACAGUGGUUGCACAAUUCAAAGUGCAAGCCCUGUCUUGCCGAAUGGUAAUAAAACUGGACUGGCUCUGUCGGGCAGAGUGCAAAACAAUGCCACUGUAUCGCCAUCUGAUGCUGGAAACCUCACGGCGACACCCGCUUCAGGAGACACAAGAUCAAACCACCGUAAUUGCUACCCCUUUGCACAAGCAUACCUCGCAAUCCAGGAUGCACUCGCUUCUCCCAUUCAGGUCACCCUCACCGAUGCCCAUCUGAGGCAUCUGAGGGAUCGAGCGGCAAAGACGGGGAUAGCAGUCGCACGUGCAUAG